GCGCGCUGAGUGGCGCCCGAUUCAAACCGGGGGCCGGCCUGGGGACCUGGAGAGAGAAGUAGCGGUGUCAUCCCGGGUGACGCUUUCUCCUGUGUUCCUCGUCAGGUGAGCCGGCCCGCCGCCGCGGGGGCCGGGACUGCGGCGAGUGCGACCCGCCGCGAGGAUGGCGGUCUCCACCGUGGUCUCGAAGCGGAUCAAGCGCAAGGCGCCCCGCGCCUUCCUCCGGCGCACCUUCAAGCAGAAGAAGCCGCACCUCCGCCUGGAGACCGCCUGCGACCUCCUGAUUCAUUUGAAUUGCUUGCUCUUUGUACAUCGAUUGGCAGAAGAGUCCAGGACAAAUGCUUGUGAAAAUAAAUCUAGAGUUAUCAAAAAGGAUCAUGUACUGACUGCAGCAAAGGUAAUUCUGAAGAAGAGCAGAGGUUAGAAGUCAACAGAUGUUUAAGAAUUAUAUGAUGUGUUAAUUUAAAUGACAACACAUCAUUAAGGCAUUUUUAUGUGAAUCAGUUUAUAUUGUGGAUUAUUAAAACAUUAAUUAUAUGAGCAAUGUGUGCACUUUUAGGAAUUAUGUUUUAUUCAUUUUAAAUGGCUUCUCAGUUUUCUUUCUGCUAUUGUGCUUUGUAUAUAAAAAAUGAAAUCAUACUCUAUUGAAUAGCUUGAAGAGAUAUACCCCUUAGACUUGAGCUUAUGUCUGUGGAUUUAAGCCGGAAUUUUGCAGUGAAUUUAAUUUUUGAGAGAAAGUAGUAUACAUUAAAAUCUAGAACAUUUUAAAUAUGUUAAUAUUUGACAGAUUCAGAAAGCAUUUCUGUCUGAUUUUGUUUUGCACUAAUAGUAACAGUAAACUUUCUCAACUAGAAGAUUGUAAGUAUUAGCCAGUUUUUAUAAACCUGUUUCUCUCUAUAAACCAUAAACAAGUUCUGAAACAAACUACCUGCUUUCUUCAAAUCAUGGGAUUUAGUAGAUAAAACAUUUCCCCACAGCAGUCUUUUAGAAGCUUAUUGUAUAUUAUUCAGUAUUUAGCUCUAAAUUUUUUUUCUGAGAUAAUUACAGAUUGUGUAUGAAGUUGCAAAGCUAAUAUAAACAUAUACUCUACACCAGUUCUUCAGUGAUUAUAUCUAACAUAUCAAAAACAGGAAUUUGGUAAUUGCUAUAGUAUAUAUGUAGCUCCAUGGUCUUUUAUCAUGUGUGCAGAUUCAUGUAAUUGCUGUAGGCGGUAUAUAGAACUGCUUCGGUACCUCAAAGAUCUUGAUUCUGUCACAUACUCAUCCAGGUACAAUAUCCUCUUCCAGACUGCCACCUUAACCAACUCUUCUGAGAAUGUUCUAUAAAUGGGAGCAUGUAAAGAAAUAACCUUUGAAAAUUUUUUGUUGUUUCAUUUUGGUUUUCACUCAGUAAUAUCCUGAUGAGCUGUUCAAGUCAUUGUAUAUGUUUACUGCUAAGCGGUCUUGAUGCACUAUACUUUGUAUAGCUGUUUGCUUAUUGAAGGAUAUUUUGAUAUGUCUAAUUUGGGAAUUGUUAUAAAUAAAAUUUCUAUGAAUAGUUAUAAA